AUGAAUAGCAGAAGUGUCACAGGGAAUAAAUUCGCAGGGGGCCCCAACUCUUUUGAAAAUAACGACAGUAGAGAAAAUUAUCUAAAGGAAGUGGUGACUCCCUUAGGGGAUGUUUACAUACUUAAUGAAAAAACGAAUGAAAAGUUUAUCAAGGGCACCCAGAGGAGUGACGGCACGUUUAGGAAAACCAUCCGCGUGAGGACGGACUACAUGCCGCAGGAGGAAAACUGCGUAUAUCAAGUGAAGGGGAAAAUACUGGAGCAGCAGAACAAGAGCAGGUUUGCAAGCUCCAGCACGAAGACCUAUGCAGGGGAGAAUCCCCUCGACAGCAGUGCAGCAAGUGCCAAAAAGGUAGUCACAAAUAGCGCUCUGAAAAUUUUUGCGAAUAAAAGCGCAGAGAAGAAAGUGCCCGGGUGGAACCCCAUCAAUGAGAAUGAAAAUGAAAACGAAAACGAAAAAGCGAAGAAUUUAAAAAAGAAGAAAAAGAAGAAGAAGAAAAAAAAGACAGACGGGGAAACAGUUGAGAAUUAA